AUGCCCGCGGAGACGGCGGACGCUCAUGGCGGCGUGGGGUCCGCGCCGACGCUGCGCUGGAGCAAGCUGGAGACGGUGGCCAGACGCAACGGCGAGGCGCCGACGCGCCGCUCGGGCCACUCGCUGUCCAUCGUGGGCUCCAGCGGCUACCUCUUCGGCGGCUGCGACUACGCCGAGCCUCCAGGCCCCACCAACGACCUGUUCGCGCUCAAGAUCAACGCCAACGCCCCCAGCGAGUGGGAGCGUCUGCGCUCGCCAAUGGGCGGCGCGUGGCCCCCUCCCAGGUGGAAACACUCGGCCACGGUCGUGGACAACAAGAUCUACGUCUUCGGCGGUUUCCACAGCAGCUCCACGCGGUUCAACGACCUGUGGGUCUUCAACCCCAUCACGCUGGACUGGAGCCAGCAGGGCGCAGCCGCUGCGGUGGCCUCACCUCUCAAUAGCAAUAAUGCCAACGCCAUGCAUCGUGCUAGUGUGGCCAAGACCGUGGCUCCGACACUGCCCGCACCCAGAGGAGCGCACACCGCAGUGGCUAUUCGACGAUCCAUCUACGUGUUUGGAGGCUAUGGAGGCACGGGAUACGGCAGGAGGGACUUUGACGACUUGUAUAUGCUACGCACAGACGACCUCAGCUGGACGAAAGUCACGUGCAAGGGCAAACCACCGGAGAAACGAGCAGGCCACCAAGCGUGUGCCGUGGACGAUCUGAUGCUGGUGUGUGGAGGCUGGAAUAGUGUCGCGCAGUUCAACGACCUGCACAUUUUCGACUCGACGGUGAAUUCGUGGACGCUUGUAGAGGGCACGCACAUGGCCACGACGCUGCCGAGAUGGAACCACGCGUGUUGUGCAGUGCUCGCCAUUCCACACGCCAAGGUUUUUGUGUUUGGUGGCGUGGUCGGGGAGGCGAACAACUACAACGCGCAGGGCGGUUACAUGAACGACCUGAGUGUGCUUGACACGGGUGAAAUGAGCUGGACCAUCCCAGAGAUCGAGGGCACGCCACCUUGCGGACGAAGUGACACGACACUUUCCUAUGACGACAAGGGCAGUCGACUGAUUGUUUUUGGAGGUUGGGCCAACGUAUGGCUUAACGACAUGUUCUAUCUCGAUGUUAGCUGUGUGGUGGGCCCUCCGUACGGCAUUACGGGGAUCUUCCCAGACUUUGGACCGAUCACUGGUGGCACAUCUUUGGUGAUCGAAGGCAUUGAUUUUGUCAACAAGCCUGUGACCAUCAGAUUUUCGUGUCGGAAAGGAUCUGUAGACGUUCCGGGCGAAUACGUUAAUGAUCACACGCUGAAUGUUGUCACGCCAGACUUCACCGCGUUCCCUGCUGGAGAUGUCCAGGUCCGAGUGGCAUUGCAGGGCGACUCGUUCACAACAACUUUCCAGACCUACAGCUAUUUUUCGGUUACGCAUGCACCCCUGUGCUUUGCGUAUGGACCUGGUGUGCUCUCAGGAGGUGCAAGCGGUGAACCUACGUGCUUUAUUAUCCAGGCUAGAGAUGCCCAACGUAACUUGCGCACACGUGGUGGUGAUGAAUUUAUCGUUGAAGUGUCCAUCGACGAGUCGGAUCCAAUCUUCCUGCCGAGUCUACAGAUACAAGACCUUCUUAACGGCAAGUAUCUAGUGAGCUACACAGUUCCAAGCCCAGGCGAGUAUCACGUUAAGAUUGAGUUCCAGGGAACAUUUGGAGGCAAUGCGGGACCAAUUCGCGGAUCACCUUACACGGCCACGUUCGAUGACAUCGUUACGCGAGAAAUGAACUUGAUGACAGGCAAGCUCGUUCUCGACCAGGUUUUGCACGACUUGCAAGCACUCCAGCAAUCAACGCGAGAAUGCAAUAUUGGCCUGGAACAGCCUCUGUCGGACCCUACAUGGACGCCUGAACAGGUUACAGCUGCGUUAAUAGGCUUGAAAGAGCACGUGUUCAUGGUCGAGAAACGCGGGGAGCAGAUUUCGCUAUCGAUCGAAGAACUCCGGGCUGAAAUCGCUUUCCUGAAAGAUGCAGGGAUUAUGGUUACGAAGGAGUUGGAUAUUUUGAUGGCAAUCGAAAUGGCCUGGGCAGAGGUCUUGAAGAAGGUUCCGGCAGCAAGUAACCGUAUUGCGCCGUUGAUUGCUACGCAGAGUUUGAAGUUCCGCGAUGAGGUCGCUGCCUAUAUGGAGGAGCUGCAUGGAAAGGAAGCACAACUCAAGUCGAAGAGCUUCUGGAGUUUCUCUGUUGGUGUGAGUGCGGCGCUGGCGUUGAUCACUGAAGAGCAGACAAAUGCAGGAAAGGAUGAAACGGAAUUUCAGCAAAAGAAACACAUUGCGGAGAUAUUAGAGUGCGAGGAUUUGAUGGAGCCGUGUGCGUCUGUGCUGACCGCUAUUCAGCGUACGCUAACUCAUUGCCACCAAACGUGGGAAGCAAUAUCGGAGGUAACGAGGAAAAUUGAUCUGUCGAGAGAUAUUCCGUGGAGUAUGAUCGAUGGUAUAGUGUUGGAAGAAGAAGCGAAGGCGUUUCUAGCGCUUGUGAAAGCUACCCACAAAGAUGUUCGAGACUGCGAUGCAUUCAAGAAGUUUGAGCGGCUCGUGAAAGACUUCCUAUCUACAUGUCCGCUGUUUCAAGCACUACGGCACCCAUCCAUGCGUAGGCGCCAUUGGCAGGAUCUCAUCGCGGUGACUGGGAAAGACUUUGAAUGUCCCGAAGACAACCCUUCCAUGAAGUUUGCUGACAUCUUAGCUUUGAAUCUGCACGAAUUCCAGCGCGACGUGGAGGAGAUAACGGAUCGUGCUCAAAAAGAAGCUAAGCAAGAAUCCGUCUUACAAGAGUUGGAAACGCGCUGGUCUAGCAUUUGCUUAACCAUGACCCCGUAUAAAGAAACGGCUGUGCCAUUGCUUGCCAUGACGGAGGAUGACGUGGAGAUGCUGGAGUCGGAUCAAUUGCUGGUGCAGGGAAUGGCGUCGGGACGCAACAGUUUUUUCCAAGAACAAACUCAGCUGUGGAAGUCGAAGCUCAUGCUGGUAUCUGAAACAGUCGGGGCUCUACUCGACAUUCAGCGAUCGUGGUCAUACCUCGAGCCUCUCUUCAUGCAAUCAGAGGAAGUAAAACGCGAGCUCCCGGACGAGGCUGCAAGGUUCGAAGACGUUGACGAGCUCGUUCGGCAAACCCUCCAGCAAAUGUGGGAGCAAGAACCACCAGGAAAUGUUUUGCUCGCUUGUCAAUUUCCUGGUUUGCUGGCAUUGCUCAAUGAUCUGCGUACGCGGCUCGAAAAGUGUCAGCAAGCGUUGAAAGAGUACUUGGAUUCCAAACGCCGCAUGUUCCCGCGGUUUUACUUCAUCUCCGAAGCUGAUCUGCUCGAUAUCUUGUCAAAUGGUAGUAGCCCCCAGAAAAUUAUGAUUCACUUGGAGAAAGUGUUCUUGGCUACGCAUACGCUGCUUUUGGAAAAAGAGAAUGCUGGAGCAGCAAGCUCGAUGUUGGCCACACACUUCAUAUCGAACGAUGCUGCGAAAGAGACCAUUUCGUUUGAGAACAAGGUACAGCUGGACGGAAAAGUGGAGCUUUACAUGCAAACGAUAUUGGAGGCUAUGCAGCGUACACUGAUGGACCAUGUAACGCGCUCGAUCAAUCGAUUUCCGGAGCAAAACCGCGUGGAUUGGCUUCUACAGAAAGUCCCACCGAUCACCGAGGAGGCUGUUUCCAAGGACAACAUGGAUGCAGCCCAGAUUGCUCUGCUGGUUGCUGGAAUUGAAUACGCACGAAGUGUUGAGCAUUCGUUCGAGUUGCUGUCAAAAGGUCACGCGACUGCUAUGAAGGAGCUUCUUGAGAAGGUGGUGAUCCAGCUCAACGAUCUCAUUAAGCUCACCCAAACGAAUCUACCCAAAGCUGAUCGUCAGCGUACAAUGUGCAUGAUCACGAUGGAUGCGCACUCUCGAGAUAUUGUCCAGAAGCUUCUUUAUGAGGAAAUCACGACUCCAAGCUCGUUCCUCUGGCAAUCGCAGCUGAAACAGCGACGGUCGGAUCAGCUGAACAAAAUGUACUUGGAGAUCUGUGACGCAACUUUCGAUUAUGGCUUCGAGUACUUGGGGAAUGGCCCGAGACUCGUGAUCACGCCUUUGACCGACAGAAUUUACGUCACCGCUACACAAGCACUUCAUAUCCAAAUGGGUUGCGCUCCUGCUGGUCCUGCAGGAACGGGCAAAACAGAAACGACUAAAGACUUGGCGAAUAUGGUAGGCAAGAUUUGCUACGUGUUCAAUUGCUCGCCGGAGAUGGAUUACAAAAAUCUGGGAAAUAUUUUCAAGGGUCUGGCAAGCGCGGGGGCUUGGGGGUGCUUUGAUGAGUUUAAUCGCCUCGCGCCAGAGGUGUUGUCAGUCUGUUCGGUCCAAUUCAAAGCUGUCUGCGAUGGGAUUCGGAGUGAAAGCAGUCAUGUGGUCGUAGAGGGUGAUUCGGUAACGCUCGACCCCACGUGUGGCACAUUUAUCACUAUGAAUCCUGGAUACCUCGGCCGGUCAGAGCUUCCUGAAGGGUUAAAAGCUCUGUUCCGACCGAUUACAGUGAUGGCGCCUGAUCUCGUACUCAUCUGUGAAAAUAUGCUCAUGGCAGAAGGAUUCGGGGAAGCCAAGAUGCUAGCUGCAAAGUUCUUCAGCUUGUAUUCUCUGCUCAGAGAGCUUCUCUCUAAGCAAGAUCACUAUGAUUGGGGGCUGCGAGCUGUGAAAAGUGUACUGGUCGUCGCUGGAUCUUUCAAGCGAGCUGAGCCCAAGUUGUCUGAGCAGGAAAUUCUCAUGCGAUCGCUGCGAGAUUUCAACUUGCCCAUGAUCGUGAAGCAAGACCUUCUGGUGUUCAAUGGACUGCUCGGCGACCUCUUCCCGAAUCUGAAUCUACCACGCAAAAUCGACGAGUCAAUGGAAAAGUACGUCCAUGUUGCGUGUGAAGAUCGCGGACUAUGGCCUCAUGAACAGUUCCGCCUGAAAGUAAUUCAGCUUGAAGAAUUACUCGCCAUCCGCCAUUGCGUUUUUGUGAUGGGACCGCCAGGUAGUGGGAAGACGGAAUGUUGCGAGACGCUGAUUGCUGCCAGGAAGAAAAAAGGUGAGGAUUAUGCUACCAAAGUGGUUGAUCUCAACCCCAAGGCCGUUUCCACCGAAGACUUGUACGGGUACAUGGUGCUGGGGACACGAGAGUGGAAAGAUGGUCUACUCUCCAAGAUAAUGCGUGAUGUUGCCAGUAGUUCAGUGACGGAUCCUCGACCGAAAUGGAUUGUGCUGGACGGAGACCUGGAUGCCAAUUGGAUCGAGUCGAUGAACUCGGUCAUGGACGACAACAAGAUGCUGACCCUGGCGUCAAAUGAACGCAUUCCAAUGAAGCCCAACAUGCGGCUCCUAUUUGAAAUCCGCGAUCUGAAGUAUGCCACGCCUGCAACCGUAUCACGCGCGGGUAUUUUGUACAUAUCGGAUGACGAUGGAUUCCAGUGGAGAUCAUUCUUAGCAAGUUGGGUAGCUACUAAAGGAACGACCGUACCGCAGCGAACUGCUUUGGGUGAGGCUAUGAACAAGUACAUCGAUCCGAUUCUUGCAUUCAUCAAGCAGUGCUGCAAGACCAUCGUGCCAAUGCAAGAAAUCACAAUGGUGCACACGUAUCUCUACUUUCUAGACGCAGUCCUGGAUGCUGAAACGUUGCGUGAUUCGAAAAAAGUGGAUGUCCUUAGUGGGUUUAUAUCCGUGUGGGCAUUCGGAGCAGCCCUGACAAUCACGGAUGACGGGACAGAUUAUCGCAAACUGUUUAGUGAGUGGUGGCGCAGCGAGUUCAAGCAGAUCAAAUUCCCAGCUCGUGAUACCGUGUUCGACUAUUGGCUUGACCCGAAUACCCUUUCUUUCGACACAUGGAGAGCAUCACCGUACUUUAAAGCUGUCCACUUCGACGGAUCGGUUUCAAUGUCAUCCGUCACCGUUCCUACCCCCGAGACCGCUUCCAUUACAAGCUGGAUGAGUAUAAUGGUCCGUGAAGAGCGUCCGUUCAUGCUUUGUGGCAACGCAGGCACUGGCAAGACGCAACUUGUUCAAGGGCUACUAAAAAAUUUUGACGUUCGAGUUUCUUCGACAAAUAUGAACAUCAACUUCAACUACUACACGAACGCGUAUGCUCUCCAGGCAAUCCUCGAAUCAAAGCUGUCAAAGCGUGUUGGCUCGACAUUUGGACCUACGGUUGGAGACCAAUUGAUUUACUUCCUGGACGAUCUAAAUCUCCCUCAAGUCGACGCGUAUGGAACGCAAAGUGCCAUCGCUCUACUUCGUCAGUACUUGGAUUACGGCCACUGGUAUGAUCGCGCCAAAUUUUCCAUCAAACAGAUCGUGAACGUGCAGAUCGUGAGCUGCAUGAACCCUAAUGCUGGCAGCUUCAGUAUCAACCCACGUCUCCAGCGGCACUUCGUAACAUUCGCGCUGCCUCAGCUAAGUGCUGCAAGUCUGCAAGUGAUCUACACAACAUUUCUCGAGGGCUAUGUGGCUGAUUUUGUCGAAGAUAUCCGGAAGAUGUCCCAGCCUAUUAUGAAAGCUGCUCUCAAUCUCCACGUGCAAGUAUGCAGCACCUUCCGUAAGACGGCUGCAAACUUCCACUACGAGUUCAACAUUCGACACGUGGCGAACGUCUUCCAAGGCCUGCUCAUGGCAAAACCACCAACGUUUGAAGAUCCACUGAAGUUCGCGCUCCUUUGGGUGCACGAAACCUCACGCGUCUACGGAGACCGCAUGGUCUCAACUCAAGAUUUAGCCAAGUUCACUUCCAUCGUACAGCAGCAAGCCCGCAAAUGCUUUCCUGCGCUCAACUUUACCCGCUAUUUCGCUCCGCUCUCGUCCAACAACGAAAGUGCGAAUGAAUCUGCGCUGCUCCAGACCGACCCAAUUCUCUUCUGCCAUUUCGCAAAUGGGUUGAGGACAAAUGAAUACGAUCAGGUUGUUUCGUACCAAGUGUUGCACGCCACUGUGGAAGAAGCGUUGGCAGAGCACAAUGAGUUGAAUACGAAGAUGGACCUGGUGCUGUUCAAAGACGCACUGGAGCAUAUAGCUCGCAUCGUUCGUAUCAUUUCGAAUCCAUCCGGCCACGCACUUCUCGUGGGUGUUGGAGGAAGCGGUCGCAAGUCACUGGCCCGCCUGAGCGCAUUCAUAUGUGGUUACGCGCUAGUGGAGAUCGCGAUUUCUCAAGCCUAUUCCCUUUUGGACUUCAAGUCGGAUCUCCAGAACAUGUUUAUGAAGGCUGGAGUCAAAGGUGAUGGCGUUGUUUUCCUGUUUGAUGACAAUCAGAUCAAGAACGAACGCAUGCUCGUGUACUUGAACGAUUUAUUGUCGAGUGGGAAUAUUCCGGACCUAUACAGCUCUGAUGAGCAGACGAAUUUGAUCCAGCAAUUCCAACCAAAGAUGAUGGCAGCGUUAGCAGCUAAUGCCGCUGCGGAUCCAUCAGGAGACUCGAAUGGUGCAAUUGGCCUCGGGUCCGAAGGGUCUGAGAAAGAGAGGGCCUGGAGGUGGUUCAUGCAAGAAAUUAAGCGAAACCUGCAUGUCGUGCUCUGUUUCUCACCAGCGACGCCUGACUUCCGGAUGCGAGCUCGCAAGUUCCCGGCUCUCGUAAACUGUUCAUUGAUCGACUGGUUUCAACCAUGGCCGAAGGAGGCGCUGCGCUCAGUUGCUGCUCGCUUCUUAUGGUUUGAGAAUGUUCCUCAACUCAAUACGGGCGACAAUGUUGCGAUGGCGAUCCAAAACUUCAUGCCAUUUGCGUUCCAAAGCACGAACACUUUGGCAAAAGAGUUCUUUGCGGCUGAAAAGCGCCGCGUGUACUCUACCCCAAAGUCGUAUUUGGAGUGCCUGACGUUGUACCGCAGACUGCUAGCCCAGAAACACUCAAGCCACCAAAAGGCUAUGCAACGCCUUCAAAACGGACUCGAGAAAAUGGAAUCGACCGGAGAGAUUGUUGCAACGAUGGAGGAAGAGUUGCAACGCACGCUGGAAGAGGCAGAGAAAAAGAAAGUUAUCGUGGAGGAACUCGCUGCGCGUCUUCAGAAAGACAAAGAGCUCGUGGAAAAUGAGACUGCCAGAGCAAACGUCGAGCGCGAAAAGUGCGCAGUGAUCCAAGCGGACGUCUCCAUCAAAAAGGCCGAUACAGAGGCUGAUCUGGCUCAAGCUCAGCCGAUGGUGGACGCUGCCAUGGCUGCUUUGGACACACUCAACAAAAAAGAUCUUGGAAACUGCAAAACCAUGGCCAAGCCUCCAGCUGGAGUCGGAGACAUUUUUGGUGCUGUCGUGGUGCUAUUUGCUGGUGUGAAUCCGAACAUUAUCGUGCAGAAGAACGGUAAAGUGAAAGAUAAAGACCGGUCUUGGGAAGCCACGAAGAAGGCUUUGUUGGGAAACAUCAAUGCGCUGGUGGAGGAGCUGAAAGGAUUCAAAACGCUUGUCGACAACCAGCAGGUUCCCGAAAUCAAUUGGAAAGAGAUUCGGCCGUUUUUGCAGCUCGAACACUUUAACGUGGAAAUUAUUGAAAAGAAAAACUCUGCAGCCGCUGGGCUCUGUGCGUGGGUGAUCAAUAUCGUUGCAUACUAUGAUGCAAUUAUUGUCGUCGAGCCUAAGAAACGUGCGCUAGAAGAAGCUACCGAAAAAUUACGGGUAGCAAACGAGAGGCUGGAGCUUGUGAAUCAAAAGGUUGCAGCACUGGAAGAGAAGCUGGCGACUUUGACGGAAGAAUUCGACAAAAUUAACAAGGAGGUUCAGGACGCUGUUGCUCUGCUGGAGAGAGGUCGCUUACGAAUGGAACUCGCUCGGAGAUUGGCUAAAGCGCUGGGUAGCGAAAGUGAACGAUGGGCUCAUGAACUCGAACAGCUUCGUGCAAGUGCUGAAAUGUUAGUGUGCGAUGUCGUGAUUGCAGCCAGUUUUGUCUCGUACGUCGGUGCCUUCACGAAGCCCUUCCGUGACUUGCUCAUCAAUGAAAAGUGGUUGCCAUUCCUUCGGAAGUCGCUCACUGAGAAGCCGUCUAAAGCCGACAAGGAUAAACCAACUGCAACAACGACCGUCAUGUCAGAAGAUGGUAUCCCCUUCCAGAUUCUAGCUACACAGUCUGAAAUCGCUGAGUGGAAUACAAGGGGGCUUCCGAGUGACCGAGUGUCUGUUGAAAAUGGCGCGAUCGUACGGAAUAGUACUCGCGCACCACUACUUAUUGACCCUCAGCUGCAAGGAAUAUAUUGGCUGCGUGAGAUGGAGAAGCAUGCGAGACGCACGGCGCCCAGCUCACUGCAAGUGGUGCGUCAAGACCAACCCAAUUUGUCGAAUUUACUGGAGACCGCUGUGGAGCACGGCUACUCUGUCAUUGUCGAGAACAUGGGUGAGAAACUCGAGGUGUGUCUGUGGCCAGUAAUUUCUCGAUCAACCUCUGUGCGUGGGCAUAAAACACUGCUGAAAAUGGGGGGCAAGAUGGUCGAGUUACACCCCGAUUUCCGUCUCUACCUGCACACGAAGCUGUCAAACCCUCACUACCCGCCAGAGCUACAAGCUGAGACCACUAUGAUCAACUUCGCAGUGACCCAGCAGGGUCUAGAGGACCAGCUUUUAUCACUUGUCGUACGCAAAGAGUGGCCCAAGAUGGCGAAAGUUCGCACGGCACUCAUCCACCAGCAGAAUGAAUUCAAAAUCCGGAUACAAACGUUGGAGGAUCGGAUCCUAUCGAGCUUAGCGGAUGCUGAAGGAGACGUGACGGAGAAUGUGCAGGUGAUAACAGACUUGGAAACGACUAAGGCCACAGCUCAAGAGAUUGCGAAGAAGGCGGCUAAAGCUACCGAAUACGAAGCUCAAAUCAACGAGCUGAGUGCCAAGUACCAGUCCGUAGCAAGUCGAGGAGCGCUACUGUUCUUCAUCAUGGACGGCUUACACCGCAUGCACUCGUACUACGUGUAUUCGCUGAAUGCAUACGUGGUAAUAUUCCAGCGCGGUAUCGAUCUCGUUCAACCGGAAAAGGACCCAGGGAGACCUCAAUCAUCCGGUGGUGGUGGGCUGCUGGGUCGCCUAAAAGCUGCAGCGAAGAAAGUUAUCGUGUCGCAACGCUUCCAGUGGAAUGCAGACUUACUACUUGCAGAUCGGGUGGUGGAGAGCAAUAGUGAGCAGGAUCUGGACGAACUGAUGAAGGAAACGGAUCAGGAAGAAAAACCGUCCUCCGCUCAGAUCGAAGCGCGCUGUACUCAACUCAAGACUUCCAUCACGGACGUGGUGUUCAACUACAUCCGCCGCGGUCUCUUUGAGAAGGACAAGUUGACGUUAGCGACCCAGUUGUGCUUUUCCAUCUUGCAAGCGGAAAAGAAACUCGAUGCGAUGGAUAUCCGUCAGCUGGUGACUUGUGCAACUGCGAGUGAUAUGGGAUCUGGCAUGGGGUUACUCAGUGAGUGGAUGUCCGAGACAGUUUGGCUGCGUGUGCGUAAACUCGAGGAGAACAUCACUAGCCUUCAGAAACUCACGACCUUCAUGCGGUCCGAUAGUGAGGAGUGGCGGGAGUGGUGCGACGCUGAGAAACCAGAGUUAAAGCCCAUGCCGGGCCAGUACAAGACCUCGAUCACGCCUAUCCAGCUCCUCCAUAUCAUUCGGGUGUUGCGUCCUGAUCGGAUGAUUUUUGCAUUGCGUUCGUACCUGGGUGAUACGAUCGGGAAGCAAAUGGUACAGCAACCACCGUUUGACAUGGAAGCCGCGUACCAGGAGACGAGUGCGUCAACUCCGAUGUUCUUCGUACUAUUUCCCGGUGUGGACCCAACGUCGUGGGUCGAAACUCUGGGUAAAAAGUUUGAUUUCACGUAUGAACGUGGAAACCUUAUCAACAUUUCCAUGGGUCAAGGCCAAGAAGAAUACGCUGACAACAUUCUGAUGAAGUUCUCGAGAGAAGGCAACUGGGUAAUCCUGCAGAAUAUUCACCUGAUGCAGUCCUGGCUCCCCAGAUUAGAGCGCACGCUGGAGGUUUGUUCGGUGUCUGCAGACCAACGCUUCCGCUGUUUCCUGUCAUCUGAGGGUCCUGCGUUGGCUUCACUCAGUAACCUCCCAGAGUCACUACUUCAAAGUUGCAUCAAGGUUGCGAACGAAGCUCCGACGGACCUGAAAAGUAAUUUACGCCGAGCUUGGGCCAAUUUCUCCAUGAAGCAACUGGAAGCCUGUGCCCUACCGAACGAAUACCAGGGCUGUCUGUUCGCACUGUGUUUCUUCCACGCACUUGUUCUGGGUCGUCGGCGAUUCGGCUGUCAAGGUUGGAGCCGCCCGUACAGCUUCAACACGGGCGACCUGUUGAUCUGCUCCGAUGUGCUUCGACGAUAUCUCGACACGGCAGUGACCAGCAGAUCGAAAACUUUGCCGUGGGACGAUCUUCGCUACAUUUUCGGCGAGAUCAUGUAUGGAGGCCACAUCACCGACCACUGGGACCGAAUCACCAACAAUACGUACUUGAAUGAGGUAUUCACGCAAGAUAUUCUGAAGGGCAAGGAGCUCACUGCGGGAUUCAAGUGCCCGGACCCGUUCACGUUCAGCUAUUCCAAGUACGUGGAUCACAUCGAAACUCAAUUGCCAAGCGAAUCGCCGACGGUAUAUGGACUGCAUCCGAACGCAGAGGUGGGGUACCUGGUCGAGGCGUCCAAUGAUCUGUUCGCCACAAUCGCCAAGUUCCAGCCCUCAACAGGUCCAUCAACGUCUGGAGAUGGUUCGGCUCCUAAGAGUGCAUCGUCGUCGGGGAUGGCAAAGGAGAACGCACAAGUGUACGCGGUGAUUGAGGAACUUUUGGACAAACUUCCGCCGGAGAUUGACCUUGCAGACUUACAAGCCAAGGCGGAACCCCUUCUGGCGACAGAUCAGUCGCCUUAUGUAGUAGUCGCCCUUCAAGAAGCGACGCGAAUGCACGCACUGCUGCACGAGAUCCAGUCCAGUUUAAUUGAGCUGACAAAGGGGAUCCAAGGAACGUUGAAUAUGACGGAACCCAUGGAGGACCUCAUGGAGGCUCUGUCGAUCAACCAGGUGCCCGGUCGCAAUGUGUUGCACAUGUGCUCAUGGGAACGCUACGCCUGGUGGUCCCGCAAAUCGUUGUCGCUCUGGUUCGCGGACUUGCUGGAUCGCAUCCAGUUCCUCUUGAACUGGACCAGUGAGUUCCGACUGCCGUAUUCCAUGUGGAUAUCGGGUCUCUUCAACCCCACAGCGUUCCUCACAGCGAUCAAGCAGUGCACUGCACGAACUCACGGUAUUCCACUCGACUCCAUGGCGAUCGAGACACACGUGACUCCUAUCGCUGAAGCUGAGGGAGCCGAGUCAUACCCUGAAAUGGGUGCGUACAUCCACGGUCUCUUCAUGGAAGGCGCGCGGUGGGAGUUCCCAAUGAAAGACGGCGAGAAGACGUCGCCGUUCUCGUACGAGGUCGACUCGAUUCCCUGUGGUGGCCAUCUCGUUGACCCCAUGCCCAAGGAACUGCUACCAGCCGCACCUGUAAUCUACGCCCGAGCUGUUGUGAUCGACAGCAAGUGGGAAGCCACUGCGGUGGGGCACUUCCGACGCAGAAAAGACGUCUUCGAUUGUCCCGUGUACCAGACGACACUUCGAGGACCAACGUACGUGUUCCUUGCGACGCUGAACACUAUCAACCCCAAGGCAAAGUGGAUAUUGGCAGGCGUGGCGCUUGUCAUGCAACGGGAUUCCUAG